AUGGCUGCUGCUGCUUCCCUUCGUGUCGUCGUCGUCCUCCUCGCCGUCUCGAUGUCCUCCCUCCGGCGCACCGCCGCCACGGUCACUGUGGAAGAGGCGUGCAAGCAGUACACGAAGCACCCGGAGUACUGCGUGACGGCCCUGUCGUCGGCGGACCCGGCGAUGAAGGAGGCGGCCGUACAGGGCGGCCUACCGGGGCUGGCGGAGCUCUCGCUAUCGCUGGCGGCGCAGCGCGGCGCGGAGACGGUCACGUUCGUGAAGGGCCUGGCCGACAUGCCCGGCGGGAUGCCGCCGGAGUGCCUGCAGAACUGCGUGGCGAAGUUCCAGGAGGCGGUGGCCGACCUGCAGCGGUCCAAGACGGCGAUGCAGGAGUCCAAGGACGCGUCCGCUACCGGCGUGUCGUCGGGGCUGGCGGCGGCGAAGACGGACGGCGACGAGUGCAUGAGUAACUGCCACAGAAUAGAGGGCGGCGGCGAGCUGGUCAUCGUCGACAAGAUCGGGGACCUCAGCAAGAUGUGCUCCGUCGCCCUGUCCCUCGCCGAUGCUUCCAUUCAUAAUCGCAACGCAUGA